UGCCCCUUUAAACUUCACAGCACAUGUGGCUUCUAAAUCAGGCAGACAAGUCAGAGGGCAGCCUGAAACAACUCCACUCAGCACAGCAACAGGGAAAGGAGGAGAGAAAAAAAAAAGUCAGACAGUUGGUGUCACGGGCGUCCAGGAAAGAGUGAAACGAGGCCGGGGGAUCGUGUGUGAUUGGAAAAAGCUGAGCAGGAAGUGAAAAAGAAGUGCAGUCGCUCAACCGGGGCCACUUUGCUCGCAUCCUCUUUUGAACAGCAGCAAAUUAUUGCGAGGACGUUGAACAGGAAAAGGGACGGACGGACGCAAAAUAGCGGAGCAGACAUCAUGAUGACCCAAGAACAGUGCAGUCAUCGGAACAAUGUCCAGAGUUCAGAGCAAGCGCAAGUGUACAAAGUGGGAAUCUACGGCUGGAGGAAACGCUGCCUUUACUUCUUCGUCCUGCUGAUGAUGAUCCUCAUCCUGGUCAACUUGGGGCUCACCAUCUGGAUCCUCAAAGUCAUGAACUUCACCAUCGACGGCAUGGGCAACCUGAGAAUAACAGCGGAGGGCCUCAAGCUGGAAGGGGACUCGGAGUUCCUACAGCCUCUCUAUGCCAAAGAAAUCCAGUCCAAACCGGGUCGCCCCCUGUACCUGCAGUCGUCCCGAAAUGUAUCGGUGAACAUCGUCAACAGCAACAACCAGCUGCUCACGCAACUCGUAACAGGAUCCAGCGGGUUCAAAGCGCAAGGCAAAAUGUUCGAGGUCAAAUCCACAUCCGGCAAACUCCUCUUCUCGGCCGAUGAGCAGGAGGUGGUGGUGGGCGCCGAGAGGCUGCGGGUGAUGGGCGCCCAGGGAGCCGUGUUCAGCAAGUCGGUGGAGACGCCGCACGUCCGGGCCGAGCCCUUCAAGGAGCUGCGGCUGGAAUCACCCACCCGCUCCCUGCUCAUGGAGGCCCCCAAAGGCAUCCAGAUCCUGGCCGAGGCCGGCGACAUCCAAGCCAUCUGUAGGAACGAGCUGCGACUGGAGUCCAAAGACGGAGAGAUCUCCCUGGACGCCCGCCGCAUCCGCCUGAUGCGCCUACCGGAGGGGAAGGCGUCGGCCGGCGCCUCGGCAUCCGGCACCAGGCAGACGGUCUACGAGGUUUGCGUUUGCCCCAACGGGAGACUUUUCCUCUCCCAGGCCGGCACCGGCUCCACCUGCCAAAUCAGCAACAACGUCUGCCUCUAGGACUACCGAGCGCCACCUUAACGAGAGACGUCGGACUCGCGGCGUCUCAGGUGGAACAGUCCCUCCGACUGAUCUUUGAGGCCCUGAUCUGUAUUUUUCUAAAUUCGGUGGUGGGGGGGGGAACUUUCUGUAUUUAUUAUGUGAUAUUCCGUCACUUUCUACGUAAGGGAAUUUAAUCCGCUAUUCUAACUGAGACUUUUUUUUUUUAUUUUAAUGUGCACUGAUCUGGACGGAGUCACGCUUUUGGGAAUAUUGAAGAGGAAUAAUUGCUUUGAAAUGGCGUGACCCAAAACUGCCAUGCACACAAUUUUAUGAAAGGUGAGAGACGCUGCUGAUUCGACGACUCUCCCGUCACUCAUCUUCUCGUUGGAAUUUUUUUUUUUUUUUUUUUGCGUGGAGUUGAAGGAUUUACAGGAAGAUGAGCCACUCGGCAAAUGUAUGAGACUGACACCCUCAUGGAAAGCUCUGCCCCAAAUGUUGUUUUUCAUGUUCUCCGUACAUUUUCGGAUUUAAAAAAUGUUUCCAUGGUUCAAUGGUAGAAACCGAAAGCAUCCGCCUUAAAGCACUUCACGAUGCUGGAUGCGCACUCAGGCAGAAAUAGGCGAAAAAAGAUUCUUGCUCCAAAAGAUAGACCGUCGAGAGCGCUUUGAAAUCAAAAGAGCCCGCAUCAAAAGCGUCACAUGACGCCAGAUGCUCCCGAGUAGAGUGGGUCAAGUUUUGUGUCUGGAAAAAAAAAUGGAGGGGAAUUCAGAAUUCGAGAGACGGAUGAAAAUUUCCCAAGAUUUCACAUGAGAGGACUUCAUGAUGCCGGAUGGUUUCUGAGGAGUAUGAAUUGGCGACGUUCAUUUUGGUUCCAAAAUGGCAACUCGUCGAAUGCACGCAGAACUCAAAAGAGUUUGCAUUAAAGCACCCCCCCCCCACCUCCCACUGGCAUUGGAUGAGCACUGUGACAAAAUGGCGGCCGGCUCUAAAAGGUUCAUUCUUCAUUUCCCGUUCAACGUGGUCCAGCAGAAUGUGGAGAGCACCCCGCGAUUUUGAAAGUGUCUACAUUAAAGCCUGUCAUGAUACGAGAUGAUCUCCGAGACAACGGAGCAUCCGGCCCACACAUCAGCGUAAAGAAGGUGAAUUCAGUGUUGAAAUUCCUCCAGCCUGUUGACAUGGUCAAACCUUGAGACCACACGGAGAUUUUCAACGAGUCCACGUGAAAGCACCUCAUGGGAUGAGACAUCCUCUGAUGGCGGAUCGUCAAAAGGCGCACUCCGAUCGAAAGAGUGGAAGUCCUCCAUGACGCCAACCGGUCUCCGAGACAAAUACGUCUCAAAUUUGGAUUUGAAUGAGUUGAAUUCAGUUCUUGACCCUUCGUCCUGGCACAGCAAGCCUCACUCAGAAAUUUUGAAAGAGUCCGCAUGACAGCAUGACACGUUGGUCCAAUAUAUUUGCAGCAUUACGAAUCCCUACUUGGCCGGCGUGGGUCACUCCAAAUUGGAAGCGGCAAACUCCCCGAUAUCUUCCUGAUCCCGACGCAAAACAAAUAAAUAGUUUGAAUUCAAAGUCAAAAGAAAGGCAGAAAGCCUGAGGAAUUUUCAUCCCGCGUGCCCACCGAAUGUUCCGGCGAAUUACAAACGCUACGGGCGACACUCGAGCUGGCUCCGAACAACAUUUCCGACGGAAAAAAAU